CUUCCGCUUUUUCCCUCCCCAGUGCAGGUGUCCGGCAGCUGAUCCCGUAGGAAGGGGGGAGCCUCGGAAAGAUCGUUCCGGAGCUUCCCGAGGCCGGCCGCGCGCCCUCUUCAGGGGUCCUGGGCCGCUCUGGGACCCGGCUUUGCUUCCCGCACCGCACUUUCUGCUACUUCCCGAGCCGUGAAUUGUCACUUUGCCAGGCCCCCUCCUCCGCCUCAGCUGACCCUAGUGAGGCUGGGGGAGGGGGGCCGGGGUGUGGUCCUUGGAUUCUUCCCUCCGGCUUCCCGGAGUCAUCUUUCCCAGCCCCUCAUCUCUCGGCUCCGCCCCCAAGCUCCCUGUUGCUAUGGCGACGACGAGCUCCUUAGUGUGGAAGCUGGCGGGGCUGCUGCAAGACUCGGGUGACCUGGUCCUGUCUGGCUGCAGCACGCUGACUCUGCUGACCUCCACCCUGCAGCAGCUGAAUCAUGUGUUUGAGCUUCAUCUGGGACCCUGGGGUCCCGGGCAGGCCGGCUUUGUGGCCCUGCCCUCCCACCCUGCCGACUCCCCUACUAUCCUGCAGCUCCAGUUCCUGUUUGACGUGUUGCAGAAAACGCUCUCACUCAAGCUAGUGCACGUCCCAGGCCCUGGCCCUCAAGGCCCCAUCAAGAUCUUCCCCUUCAAGUCCCUGAAGCAGCUGGAGCUGCGAGCGGUCCCUCUGCACUGUCUGUGUGGCCUCCGCGGAAUCUACUCUCAGCUCGAGACUCUGGUCUGUAGCAGGAGCCUCCAAGCACUAGAGGAACUCCUCUCGGCUUGUGGCGGUGACCUCUGCUCUGCCCUGCCCUGGCUCGCCCUGGUUUGUGCUGAUUUUAGCUAUAAUUCAUUGACUGCCUUGGACCGAUCCCUGCAUCUCCUGUCAGCUCUUCAGGUUCUGAAUCUGAGCCACAACCGAGUCACCGACUGUGAAGACUUCUUGACUGCCCUGUCCGAGCUGCGGCACCUGGAUGUCUCCUACAACCGCCUUCAGUCAGUGCCGGUGGUGAGCCCCGCGGGGGCCGUGCUCAGGACGGUAGUGCUGAGGGGCAAUGAGCUCCGAAGCUUGUGCGGGCUGGAUCAGCUGAGGGGCCUUCGGCAUCUGGACGUGGCGUACAAUCUGCUGGAACAACACAGGGAGCUGGUGCCCUUGAGGACGCUGGCUGAGCUCCAGAGACUGCACCUGGAGGGGAAUCCUCUGUCCUUUCACCCCGAUCACCGAGCAGCUACUGUUCAGUAUCUGUCACCGCAGGCCAGAGAUGCUUCUCCUCCUGGGUUUCUUCUUGAUGGGGAGCCCCUGUCACCUGCUGACUUGCAGCCUCCCACAUCUUCUGGGCUUUGCUCCUUGGCCCUCUCUCUAGCCCCCACAGGGGGAAGUGCCUCAGAGACCUCUUAUGGCCCUGACUUGAGUGACAGCCCCUCUUCAGGAGGUGUUUUGGGUCGCCCUCUCCCUCGUAAGGCUAAGAGCCGCGUCCGUGUGAGGCGGGCGAGCAUCUCGGAGCCGAGUGAUACCGACCCAGAGCCCCGAACUCCAGAUCCCUCGCCUGCUGGCUGGUUCGUGCAACAGCACCGGGAGCUGGAGCUCAUGAACAGUUUUCGGGAGAGAUUUGGUUGUGAUUGGCUACAGUACCGUAGCCACCUAGAGACUCCUGGGACACCCCCUGUGGGCAUCCCCAAGACCUCUGACUCGGGCACAGUCUCCACGGACCCCCCAAAGCCUCAGAGCCUUUCUAGCCCACUGCAGCAGGGACAAGGGGGCAGUAGUUUGGACGAAUCCCUCCCGAUUGGGCCAGAGCAGGACAAAGGGGAAGAGGAGGUGGCAGAAGAGAAGGAGGAGGUAAUGGAGGAAGUGGCUGCAGAAGAAAUCAAAGGGGAAAGGGAAGAGGAAGAGGAAGUUGAAGAUCAAGAAGUGGAGGUGGAGCUUUGUCGUCCCAUGCUGGUGUGUCCCCUGGAGGGGACUGCGGGGGUGCGCGGCCAGGAGAGGUUUCUGAGGGUCACAUCAGGGCACUUACUGGAGGUGGAGCUGCAGGCGGCUCAGACCUUGGAGCGCCUGGACCUCCGGAGCCUUUGGGCAGCUGAGUUGGAGGCAGAGGCGGAGUCUGCGGAUCCUGACUGCGCUGCGGGUGGCCCCGUCAUUGUCCUGCGCUUCUCCUACAUCCGUUCUGACUGGCAGCUGCGGCGAUACCUGGUGCUGGAGCCCGAAGCCCACGCUGCCGCGGAGGAGCUGCUGGCUGUCUUGGCCCCCGCUGCAGCUGCUUCACAGCUUCAGGUGGGGGCAGCCCGAGGCCCGUCCGGAGGCUGGCUGCGGUGCCUCCGUUGCCAUCAGAUCAGCGAGGUGACGGCUCCGCAGGAGGAGCUGGGCGCUCACGGCAGAUGGACGUCCAAGACCGACUUCCCCCUUCUGUGUCCCAUGUGUGGCAGUGACCACGUUGUCUUGUUGCCUCACCAUGAUGAAACCCCCGGAGAGGAGCAGAGGGAGGGGGAGCUGCACCCAGCUUCCUCUGCCCCGCCCAGCACUCCUCUGGGCUCUCCAGACGAGGGUGAUGGCAACAAGUCCAGCAGUCCCUGCCUCCAGGCCCAGCUGCCCCAUGAAGCCGACAGCUGGGGCCUUCAUCCUCCUUCUGACCGCUCUGGGCUCCGCUCUGUGGACCACCGACUCCGGCUUUUCCUGGAUGUGGAGAUAUUUGAAGAUGUCCAGGAAGAGUUCCAAUGCUGCCUCAAGGUGCCCGUAGUGCUGCGCGGCCAGGCCGAGGAGUUUCCUUCCCUUGUCGUCGUGUCCGAUCUCAGGCUUUACAUCUUGGAGGUGACUGGGGAGAUCCGAGGCCAGCCCUCGGGCUGGCUGCAGCUGCGCCUUGCCGCCCCCCUGCAGGACCUGAGCUGCCUGGAGCUCGGCCUGGCCGGGCAGAGCCUCCGGCUGGAGUGGGCCGGGGCCGGGGGCGGCUGUGCUCUGCUGGCCCGGGAGCCCCGCUGCUGCCAAGCCUUCCUGGAAGAGCUCACUGCCAUCCUGCAGCUGCUGCCUCCUGGCCGGAGGUGCCACGUUUCUGCCACCAGAGAGGAAGUGACUCCUCAGCACCGGCUCUGGCCAUUGUUAGAUCCCGACUCCAGCCCCGAGGACCCCCAGUUCUUCUACUUGCAGGCAUUUCUGGUUGAAGGCUCCUCGUCCCGCCCAGUGUCCCUGUUGGUCACUCCGUCCGCCUUGUAUCUGCUGGGUGAGGAUCCCAUGGGGUCCCAGUCCUGGUCCCCUGCGGAGGGGCCUGGAGAAGCGCUUUCCCUGAGGCCGGACCCCUCCAUCCGCAUCUACGAGCAGCAGCCGCUCAGCAGCCUCAGCUCCAUACAGGUCUACAAGGCGGCCCCCAGGGACUUUCGUCUGGCCUUGUACGAUGAGGUCUUGCGGCUUGAGAGCUUUUGGCCUCUCCGGGUCAUGUGUCCAGAGCAAUUGACCGCCCUGUUGGACUGGAUCCGAGGUCCCUGGGAGGAGCUUUUUUCCAUUGGACUUCGAGUGCUGACCCAGGAGGCCCCAGACCCUGCGCCGAUUGGGAGCUAGGCGCUCUGGUCUGGCCCGGCCCGCCGGUCUGUUCCUGGGAGGGGCGAGACGCUGCGGCCCCCGGAGCAGAGCAGCCGUCCGCGGAGAUGGCGGCCGGGGGCCAGCCCAGCGUGGCCUUUGACAAUGGGACAUUGACUGUUUCUCAGGUGCCAAUAAAGUUCUGUUCCUCUCCUG